GCCUUCCCGGUGCAUAUAAAAGGCGUCGUACGCUGAGGAGAAAGGAAGGCAUGGGGUAAUGGCAGUCAGCCAGUCACUGUAAGGUAGUGGUCCGCCGAGGGCCGUCCUGCCAUUUACACAUACUGGUAGCGAGCUGCAAGGUGGCCCGAGACACCUUUUCCCCUGCUAUAGGGUUCGCUGCUUCUGAGCAGAGCUGCAGCUCGCGACGUGCGUCUGGACGCCAUUUUAUUUCGAUGACGUGUCGACUAUAGACUACUUCCCGCUGUUGUGUAAGACAAUGUGCCGUGCACUGCGUGUUUCUCUCUGGACUAAGCGGGGAGAUGAGGCCGGGCGCGGAACUAUUGGAAAUGGAAAACUCCAUCUGGAUACUGUCAGAGGUGAAAGAGUGUGAGGAAUGGUAGAAAACAAUGAUUGCAAGUUGUUUCAAGGGCGCCAUUUUUUCCAGGUUUUCAGGGAAACGCCCUUUGGGGCCGUAGUGCGCGUGCGCAAAACUGAGGCGCACCGUGUGUCUGGUGAAAAUGGCGAUGCGUAUGCCGCGGGAAGAGGAGCGAGUGAAGAACCCGAAGAUGCGGUGGUACUUCACGAAGGAGGAGCUGGCCAAUUCUCCUUCCCGCCGCGAGCACGGUGUGGAGCCAGGCAAGGAGCUAUCCUACCGGCAGCAAGCCGCCAAUAUGAUCCAAGACAUGGGCCAACGACUGAACGUGAACCAGCUCUGUAUCAACACGGCCAUCGUGUACAUGCACAGAUUCUACUGUGUUCAUUCUUUCAAGACCUUCCACAGACAUUUGCUGGCCACGGCGGCGCUGUUUUUAGCGGCCAAGAAUGAGGAACAGCCUCGUAAGCUCCAGUAUGUGGCCCAGGCAUCGUAUGCCUGUGCCUAUAAAGACCAGCCAAUGCUGGACAUUCAGAGUCAGGCUUACACAAAGUUAGUCGAGGACAUCACUUACUAUGAAUUACUGCUGCUCGAGACACUAGGGUUUGAAGUCAAUGUGGACCAUCCUCAUCCGCACGUGGUGAAGUGUAUGCAGUUCCUGAAAGCGAGCAAGGAUCUGGCCCAGAUGGCCUACUUCAUGGCUCACAACAGUCUGCUGCUGACAACGUUUUGCCUGGAGCACAGUCCUAGCACCGUGGCCUGUGUGUGUAUCCACCUCUCGUGUCGGUGGAAGGGUCUGGACAUCCCUCGCUCCUCGGACGGGAAGAGCUGGUGGGAGUACAUUGACCCCAGCAUCAACCGUACCAAGUUAGAUGACCUCACAAAGGAAUUCCUGAUGAUCUAUGACAAGAGCCCCAGUAGACUUCAGAAGAAGAUAACAGAGCCCAUCAAACUGCAGGGGAGCAGUAGUGGUGGUUCCAGUGUACCUUCUAGUAGUGCAUCUACCAGUGCCAGCAGAGCUCACGGGCCUGGUCACAGUCUAUCAGACAAGGGCAAAAGGCCUGCUGGGUCUGCUGCGCAUCCCGUGAAACACCAGAAAUCCAGUGUGUUUGCUCAGUCUGGUAGUCAUGGUAACAAGCCACACCCACAAGCCGGAGACAUGAAGAAUCACAGCAGAGUUGGCCACACCCACCAGGCACAUCCACAGGCCUCCCGUGGAGUGAAGCGGCAUCACUCAUCAGCUGAGAAAGAGGCUCACGGCAAGAAGAGGGUUAAGACAGAACACAACUCGCAGCCUCCACUUCCCAUCUCCUCUCAUCCCCUUCGUCCACCACUCCCAUCUGGCCCUCCACCAAACUCUGGUCUCCAUUCUCACCCUCCACCUCCUCUCCCCCCUGCCCCGGCUCAUCAUCACAAACUUCACUCUAAGCACAACUCUCUUGCACCUCCCCUUCCGCCUCCCUUACCACACUCUCCCUCCCCUCCUCCACCUCCUCCUCCCAGACAGUAACAUUCUUUUCCCUCACCAAACCCUUAUCAGUUUGGUCUGCAUUUGAUCUUGGCCUACGGGUGUUUCUGGCAUUUAAAAUUUCACUAUCACCAUAAUCUAUUUAUGAUGUCAUCAUUGUGUAUUAAAGUAAUUGUGUUUGCUGCAGCGGCACUAUUUUUGUCAUUCACUUGAUCACAUGUUGACAAUGUCAUAACGAUAUACAAUCAGCAAAUUAAUACAAAGUCUACUUAUUAGAUUAUAUGGCAUUACAAUCAUAGGUAAAAGUUAAACAGUUUCUUCUUCUUCGAAGUGUGUGUUGACAUGUUUCUCGAAAUCUUGCUCUGACGUUCGGAGAGGGAACUUCAUGUUGCACAUGGGGCAGCUGCGAGAACUUUUGUCACUUCUCUUCACGCUCUCUGAGAGUUGAGCCACUUUGGCCUUCAGGUGAUCUCUUUCAGUCAGGAGGGCUGCGUACUCUUUCGCUUUCUCUUCAAACACCAUCUUCUGUCGUUGAAUUUCUUCGUUCUUCUCUGAAAUUCUCUUGUCAUGGCGAUCUUCAAGGCCCAGGUAGCGUUGUUUGGCUUGGGCCAGCUCCAUUUCCAGGGCAGUGAUUUUGCUCUCCAUGUCGGUGCGCUCCUUCCUGCGAAUACUCAACUCGGCUGCGGCUUUUUCACAAUUUUGGACCAUUUCCUCGUGCUCUUGUUGGGCUGCUGGUGGAGUGGCAGGGAUCCCUUCUUUCUUUAGUUUUCGUCGCAGUUCGACGCACUCUUGUGCCUUUGCUGUAUACUCGGCUUGACAAUGCUUCACUCGCUCCACCAUUUUAUCGUGGUUGCUUUGAAGCCUUGCGCUUUCCUCCUGGAAUUUCUUCAGUUGAAGCAAAACUCUCACGUUCUUCUCCCUUUCCUCGGAAUAAUACUUCUCAAGGUUUUCGUAUGCCUGCUGGAGUGCAACAUAUGCUCCCUUGUCGACAACAUUAGGGGGCGGGGGAGGCAUGGGCUGGGGGUUCUUGUCCUUCCGUGCACCCACCAGUUCCACUAUGUUGGCCUGCGUACAAGCUAACUCCUGCUCCAGCUUCUCAAUCUGCUCGUCUUUCUGUGAGAGUGCAGCACUGAUGUUGGCACUGAGACUGCUCUGUUGUUGCAGCUGCUCUCCCUGGCUUUCCUGCACUCUGCCCCUCAGCUCCGCACACACUGCAUGGAGCUCUGCAUUCGUCGCUUCUGCCGUCUCCAAUUUCUCGGUGAUUUGCUCGAGCUCCUCGCCUCGUGUGCCCACCAGUCUACGGAGAUCGUCCACCUGUGAUUCCUUGAUCCUUAUCUGCUGCCUCAGCUCUUCAGCCUCACUCGUUACCACCACCAAUUCCCCCUCUACUGCUGACACGCGUCCCUUCAGCACCUUCACCUCCUGUUCCUCGCUCUCCUUGGCCGUCAGGAGCUCCUGGUUCCUCGCCUGCUCUCGCUUCACCUGCUCUGUGAGCCGUUGCUCAGCCUCGCAUUUAAUGGCAACCUCACGUUCCAGCUCUACGACACGAGCAUCUUUCUCUGCAGAUUUUCUCUUCUCUUCCUCUGUCUCCUUCCUAGCCCUUUCAAUUUCCUCUUUCAGGGCGUUCACUUCCGUAUUCAGCGCCACUAACUGACCCUGAGCGGCAGAAGUGGCUGCCUCGAAUUUCUGACGGAGACCUGCAUUUUCGCCAGCGAGCGCUUCGUUCUCGGCCUUCGCCGCGGUCAGCUCUUCGCCCAAUUCCGCGCGUACCUCGCGACGCAACGACUCCAUUUCUUCCUUCUUGGGCUUCUUCUGUAGAACCAUUAUGCUCUUCAUGCUGUCGUCCGUGACCUCCACCAGCUCCAUGUCGUCCAGGGAGACGCUGAGAGGUGCGAACUGAAACGGAGCGCUGGCGCCCCGUACGGCUCCAUCCCGACUGACGAAGCAGAGCUGGUAGAAAUGACCGUCUUCGGGCGGGAGACGACGGCCGGCGAAUGUGACGCAGCCCUCUUUGGUGUCGGCGUCAGGCUGAGUGGCCCACUCGAAGGUGUAGUAGUCUCUACUGGAGGUCCAGCCGACUCGAAACAGACCGACCCAGUCCCUCUUGCUGGUCUGUAGCUCCGAGCCUGGGUCUAUGACGUAAUGUACCACCAUCUCUUCCCCGGGAGGGUAGCUCCGCUGAAUAUCCUGGAAAGUUGCCAUGUCUUUAGCCUCACUCAUCUUCUUUUGCCUUGCGGUUUGUUUUCUCUGUGGGCCAC